UGCUGUUGUUGUUGUCCUAUUCGAUUGUGCUGGUGAUGGUGCUACGGCAUUGCUUUGCUCUGCUAACUUAGGAGGGGCAGAGUGAGUGAGUGAAUGAGCGAGUGUGUUUCCAAUGUCACAGUGUAGUGCGGGGUUUGCGAGUGUCAUCUGCGGAGGAUUAGGACUCAUCUGAUGAUUCUCAUCUUCUCUCUUUCUCUCUCCCUCUUUCAUCUCCCUUCCUCUCUGUCCCUUACCCCUGCCUGCUACCUCUGCUUCCUCUGUCUUUGGGAUUCAUCACCUUCUAAUUCUCUUCUUUCUUUAAGGUUGCCUGCGCGUGCUGUGCAGCAAUCUCGUCCCCGUGUGCAUUGGCAUUGGUCGUGUUUGUUUGUUUGUUUGUUUGUUUAUUUUUACUUUGGUGAUAGCUGUGAUGGAGCCACCGAUGGGCCAGCCAAUGAGCAAGUUGGACGAGGAAUUGGAGAUUCAGGCGUUGCGUCGCGUUAUCAGUGCCUAUAUCAAAAUUUCGGCACAUGUGCAGUUAUCCAGCGGCAGCGGAAGAAGACAUAAGACGAUGGGAGCGGUCGUACAUGAAGUUGAGCCCGGAUCACAUGACAUUGCUACCUCACAUGCCUGAGAAGUACGAGAAUUUAAGGAGGUGUGUCAAGACCAAUACAUAUUUUAUUAUGAAUAUGCUUCAGGCAUUUGAUCCUCCAUUUGAGAUGGAUGCUGGACCAGGCCCUGAUUUUGAUGAGGCAUUAUCCGGUUUUCAAAAAUCUGAUAAAAUGAUGCAUUCACAUGAGGGCUUUGGAUGUCGCGGAAGAGAGGAUGAAAGCACAAUUGAAGUUCAGUCAUUUUCAAGCCCAUCCAGAGAUUCCGCCGUUACGUCUGCCAACUCCAACAAGCGGCAAGCUAUAGAGUUCAGUGCCAAGGAUCCCAAAACGGAUUUACUAACUCCUGAACUUAAUGCAUUUGGCACCCGAGGUCCAGUCCGUUCUUGUGAUGACUGGACUUGCACUCGAUCCGAAGCGCUAUCUAAGGAGCAUAAUGCAGCGGCAGGAGCGAAUGGCAACUUAUCAUAUGAUGAAACAGACUAUGAGAGUACAUUUAAAGAGAACUCUGAGAACGGUCACCCAAGUGGGUCUCCCAAACUUUUUCCACAGGGGCGUGUUCCUCUUGAUCUGAGUCACCCAUUCUUCCAGCUUCAUGUCCCUUCUGCCGACGUUGACAAGGUGCGCUGUAUUAUUCGAAAUAUUGUUCGUGACUGGGGUGAAGAGGGUUCACUUGAACGAGAGCAGUGCUAUCAGCCAAUAUUAGAGGAGCUCCACCGCUUAUUUCCUAAUCGAAAGGAUCUGAGACAUCGCCCUACCUGCUUGGUUCCUGGAGCAGGACUUGGUCGGUUGGCCUGUGAAAUUUCUCGUCUUGGUUUUAUCGCUCAAGGAAACGAGUUCUCAUAUUACAUGCUUAUAUGCUCCAGCUUUAUUCUAAACCAAACUGACCAGCCAUUAGAAUGGGCUCUACACCCAUGGAUGCACAGCAACUGCAACAGUUUGUCAGACAACGACCAAUUGCGGGCUGUAUACAUCCCAGAUCUUCAUCCGGGAAGUGCAGGGAUAACGGAGGGAUUCUCAAUGUGUGCUGGGGAUUUUGUUGAGGUCUACAGUCAUCCAAGUCAGGCAGGUGCAUGGGAUGCUGUUGCAACUUGUUUCUUCAUUGACACUGCUCACAAUAUUGUGGAGUACCUGGAAGUGAUAGCUCUUUGUCUCAAGCCUGGCGGGAUCUGGAUAAAUUUGGGCCCCUUGCUUUAUCAUUUCGCUGAGUCGUACUCUCCAGAAGAGGAAAUGUCUAUAGAGCUCAGCUUGGAAGAUGUGAAAAAGGUAGCUGCAAGGUUCGGCUUAGUUCUUAAGAGUGAGAGAUUCAUAGAAACAACAUACACCGCCAAUCGUCGGUCCAUGAUGCAGAACCGAUAUACGGCAGUAUUUUGGACAAUGGUGAAAGAGGAGCUUCCACCAAAUCAAAAGGUCUCACAAGCAAAUAUGCCUGAUGCUCAGCAAUAAUAGAUGGUUUUUACAAGUGUGAGUUUAGGAAUAAAUUUUCAUAGUUUCUUCCGUAGUUGAAGUAGUUACAAGCCUCUCAAUGUCUCAACUACAUGCAAUCAGGCCAUUCAAGACAAUGGGUGUUCUCCCACGUCGGAAUUUAGUGAGCUGGAACCCGAUCAUGUUAAGAUUUCGUCAGCAGAAUUAGAUCUUAGAAUUUACGGGUGCUAUUCCUUUUAGUAUCUACAAUCUCCUUAGUGGUAAAGCAUCCUUCUAGUUCCUUGCAGCUGGAGAUUUCAAAACAUCACCUUCCUAAUGUAACACUCUUGACAAUCUAGUGAAAGAACCUGUUUACGUACA